AGCAACAACAACAGCAGUAACAACAACAGCAGCAGCAGCGGCAGCAACAACAACAGCAGCAGCAGGGGACGCCGUGGCCUGUCCGCGCGAUGCCGCCAGCCUGAGAGACAGCGGCCACCGGUGACCAGGAGUCGCAGGGCAUGGCCAGCCGGUGAGAUGGACGGGAAGAGCAACGGGGACGUGCGUGGACAGCGCAGGACGCACAGACGCCCCCCGCCCGUGCCAGGCGAGGGGGGGGCGUUGAAGGCGUCUGCCGCGGGGGGCGCGCCGCCCCCCCACAUGGAGCCCCCCGUGCGCUCGCAGCUCUUCUCCAUCCAGCAGUUUGGGGCCCGCGACAACCUCGUCAAGUGCCUCCUGCUGAGCCGCGAGAGGGAGUACACCACCCCCCGAGACUUCCGGUUCCACGUGGGCACGUACAACGUGAACGGGCAGUCCCCGGGCGAGGCGCUCGGCCCGUGGCUCGCAGGCGACCCCGAGCCGCCUGACGUCUACUGCGUGGGGUUCCAGGAGCUGGACCUCAGCAAGGAGGCGUUUGUGUUCAGCGACUCCCCCAAGGAGGACGAGUGGCUCCGCGCCGUCACCGAGAGCCUGCACCCUGGGGCGCGAUACGUUAAGGUGAAGCUGGUGAGGCUGGUGGGGAUGAUGCUGCUGGUGUUCGCUCGGGAGGAGCACGCCCCGUUCAUCUCCGAGGUGGAGGCGGAGACCGUGGGGACCGGAAUCAUGGGCAAGAUGGGAAACAAGGGCGGCGUGGCGGUGCGCUUCCUGCUGCACAGCUCGGCGCUGUGCGUGGUGAACGCUCACCUCGCCGCCCACACCGAGGAGGUGGAGCGCCGCAACCAGGACUACCGCGACAUCGUCUCGCGCCUCUCCUUCCCGCAGAUCGACGCCACCCUGCCGCGCCUCUCCAUCCCCAACCACGACAUCAUCCUGUGGCUGGGCGACCUCAACUACCGGCUGACUGAGGUGGACGUGGAGAAGGUGAAGCUGCUCAUCGAGGACCAGGACUUCCAGACGCUGCAGCAGCAUGACCAGCUGAGCCAGCAGAGGGGGAAGAAGGCGGCGUUCUCGGGCUACUCGGAGGGAGCCGUCACCUUCCAGCCCACGUACAAGUACGACACGGGCUCCAGCAAGUGGGACACGAGCGAGAAGUGCCGGGUGCCGGCGUGGUGCGACCGCGUGCUGUGGAAGGGCCCCGGCGUGCAGCUGCGGCGCUACGGCAGCCACAUGGAGCUGUGCGUGAGCGACCACAAGCCCGUCAGCGCCGUCUUCGACAUCGCGGUGAGCGUGCUCGACACGGGGCUCUACAAGCGCGUCUUUGAGGACGUCGUCAAGACCAUGGACAAGAUGGAGAACGAGUGCCUUCCCUCGGUGACGCUCAGCCAGCGCGAGUUUGUGUUCCCGGAGGUGAAGUUCCUGCAGCUGCAGGUGCAGUCGCUGUUCAUCACCAACGACGGGCAGGGCCCGUGCCAGUUCGAGUUCAUCUGCAAACUCGACGAGACCUCCUACUGCAAGGAGUGGCUCAGCGCCUCGCCCAGCAAAGCCAUCAUCAAGCCCGGAGGCACUAUGGAGGUGGAGCUGGAGGUCUACGUGAACAAGUCGACCGCCCCCCGCCUCAACUCAGGCGACGACCGCGUGGAGGACAUCCUGGUGUUGCACCUGGCGGGUGGCAAGGACUACUUUGUUACCGUGAGCGGCUCCUACCUGCCCAGCUGCUUCGGCUCCUCGCUGCAGGCACUGUGCCGCAUGCGCGAGCCGGUGCGAGAGGUGCGGCCCGGCGUGCUGCUCGCGCUGGCGCAGCUGCCCCCGUGCGUGGAUGAGCGCCUGGCUCAGUGCGCGUUCUUUGAGAAGCCGCUUCACGUCCCCAAGGAGCUCUGGAUGAUGGUCGACCACCUCUACCAGCACGGCUGCCAGCAGGAGGACCUAUUUCAGCAGCCAGGGCUGCAUGCGGAGAUGGAGGAGAUCCGAGACGCCCUGGACACGGGGUUCCCGGAGAAACUUCCCGGCAGCAACCACUCGGUGGCCGAGGCGCUGCUCAUCUUCCUGGAGGCGCUGCCCGAGCCGGUGGUCUGCUACGAGCUCUACUCGCGCUGCCUCGACGCCUCCGCCAGCUACGCGCAGAGCAAGCAGGAGCUCUCGCGCCUGCCCGGGUGCCAUGGCGGUGCGUUCCACUACCUGGCCGCGUUCCUUCGCGAGCUGCUCAAGCACUCGGACGCCAACCACACGGACGCUCGCAUGCUGGCCUCGGUGUUUGGUUCGGUGCUGCUCCGCCCGCCGCCCAACCGGCGCCGCCUCCCGGACGACCGCAGGAAGCACAUCGCCUUCAUGCAGCACUUCCUCUUGCACGACGACAGCAGCUGAUUGGCCGCCGCCGCGGGUCACGUGACUCCGGCGGCCAUGUUGCUGCCCCCCCCCACUUCGCACCGGUGUCCGACCUUGCGGGGCGGGGUUGGUGGUUGGUGGUUGGUGGUUGAUGGUUGGUGGUGCGAGGUGCGAGGUCAGGGUUCAGGAAGAGGUUAAAUUAUAACGAGAUUGGGUUUGUGAAUGCUGGCGGUGGACGGGGGGGGGGGGAGGUGGGGGCUGGUAAGGGAGUGGGGGAGCAGUGGUUAGCAUCAGUGCUCGAAGUCGUGGUAAAUUUGUGUCCUCGAAAUGACGUGUGUGGGUAUCGCGUGACAAUGAUCUCUGCAUUUACAUGGCAAGUACGUCGGUGCUUCGGCAACUCCAAGCACCUUGCAUCGCAGCUCCUUUGUCACUUUCAAAGCAUCAGCUGUUCCCCGUGGGAGACAAAUGUGACAUCGGCACGCGGCGUGCUAAAUUAGGCGUUAGUCUGCCGGUAGAGGUGGGGGGGCAUGAUUGCUGCUGUGUGCUCAAUCUAAGAGGUGAUUUUUUUGAAUUUAGCAAAUUGCAGGUCUCUCACUUGGCCACGUUUUACAACUGCACAUCGCGCAGAGCGACGCUGGGUUUUUCGGCGGAGCUGCGUUGGGACGCUCUCCCACGCCACGCGCUCCCAGUUGUAGCCCCGGUCCGAGUCAUUUCGCUGCAUCGAGUCAUCGGUGCUCAUCACCCGUUUGCAGCCCUACAGAGCCAUUGCUGUGGCAGCGGGGGCGAGUCUAUCCACGGGACAGCCGCUGUUGAUCUUUCACGAAAAAAUCGGUUCUCAUUUAUAUUGACCCCCAGAGAGAUAGGCGCGAUCAAGUCGACAACCUGGGUUUGAACUUGCAACGUUCCUCUUGCGAGCCACUUGCUCUACCGCUAAGCCAGAUAAGUACAGUGACCAGUGUAGCAGUGGAUUAUCACGGUAGCUAGUGUAGCAGUGGAUGGAGCAUCCACAGCGGUGAUGUUAAAAUCAGUGUCAGUAACAUUCAUUUAACCUUCAUGGGGGUAGCGGGGUUUUGGUAAAUAACGAACAAAGCAGGGCAGCGCCACCCUCGAGUGAACCCGGUGUUUUGAGGACACACACUCGUACCAGCCACUGUUAUAGGAUAAAGGGAAAGGGCCGAUGUGUGGGUUAGGGCCGGGAAGGGGAGCGAGAUGAAAGGGGAGAGAGGUUGGAGAUAGAGAGAGUGUGGAGGAGGAGGGGAGCGAGAUG